AUGUCUCAGAAAACUAGUCGGCCUUCCAAACCCAAACGUGAUGACUUUGGAUUGAAACGAAAUUACAUACACGCCUUACAAGACUAUGAGGAAGCUCGAGCCAAUUUAAAGAGAGGUCGGACUAAUCAUGAAUCGGGGAUAUCAUUGAGGGAAACUGUUUCUAAACCAAUUGCAAGUGACGGACAGAAGCAAAAAGACUCUUCCUGCCCUCUGAUGAAGAAGGCGACUGAUGCAGACAGAAAUCAAGGCAAAGCGAAAGUCACAUGGAGUGGUGAUGCGGAAAAGAAGAAAAGAGAAGCAGAAAACCCCAAGAAGACGACUCCAUCAUCAACAAGCACUCGAUCCUAG